CGCGGAGAGACGGCGCCGAGAGCGCUGCGCAGGUGGAAGGCAGAUCCCGGGCAGUGACCCCGCCGGCAGUAUGCACAGGGCAGCGGGAUGACCCCCCGCCCUUGUAAGAUGGCCUCGCUGGACCAAAUGUUGCUGAUCAUCGGCUUUCUCCUCCUGACCUUCCUGGUGCUCAGGAGCCACAGCUGUCCGGCUGAGUGCCGCUGCUACAGCAUGACCGUGGAAUGUGGAUCCAAAGGGUUAAAGAGCAUUCCACAGAACAUCCACCCUUCCACUCAGACGAUGUUUCUUCAGGAUAACGCCAUCACCCAGAUCCAGCAGCAGGACCUCUCGCCGCUGUCCGGGCUGCAAUACCUCUACAUCCAGAACAACUCCAUCUCUGGACUGGAAGCAGGAGCCUUCACCACGCAGCAGCAUCUGGUGGAGCUGGCUCUCAACGGAAACCGCAUUCAUCUCAUCAACAGCAGCAUCUUCAAGGGUCUGGAGCACCUUAGGGUCCUUUACCUGGCGGGAAACCAAAUCACGCGGCUUCUGGCGUACACAUUCUCUAACUUGCAGAGACUUCAGGAGCUGCAUCUACAGGAGAACAGCAUCGAGGUCCUCCAAGACCAGGCGUUUUCAGGGCUCUCCUCUCUUGCACUUUUGGACCUCAGUAGGAACAAUCUACGCACCGUUAGCCGCUCGAUCCUCCGGCCUCUGCUCAGUCUGCAGGUCCUGAGGCUGACAGAAAACCCGUGGAGAUGUGACUGCGCGCUCCACUGGCUUCGGACCUGGAUGAGAGAAGAAGGCCAAAGACUUCUCACCUCCCUGGACAAAAAAAUCAUCUGCUCCGAGCCGCCGAGGCUCUCGCACCAGAACCUGCUGGACAUCUCCGGGAACAGCCUUGUCUGCAUCCCUCCCGUGGUCCUUGUAGACCCCAUGGAGAUGACUGUCCGUCUAGGAGACGAGUUACGCGUCUCCUGUAGAGCUACGGGAUAUCCCCAACCGCUGGUGACCUGGAGAAAAGUGGCUCACGCUCGUACCGGCCCAACCAAGGUCAACGUGAAGUCCCCCAGCAGCAGAACCUUUGAGCUCAGCGAGAGGAGUGUUGGGGACCAGUUGGACUCGGAUACCGGCAGCGGCAUGCUGUUACUGAACAACAUCACCAUGUCCCACGCUGGAAAGUACGAAUGCGUGGCCUCUAAUGCUGGUGGAACCGCAAAGGUUUUGUUCCACCUGACGGUCAACCUGUCCAAUCAGCAAUCGCGCUCGUACACGUCUGUGGAUAUCAGUCAGGAGCCGCUAUAUGACAUGGAGAGCAUGGAAUUCAACGCGUUGAGCAUGGCAACUCAGACGACCAUCGCCAUUGGCAUAUCCUUACUGGCCCUCACCGCCCUGCUACUGCUCUUCAUGAUCUACCGGAAGCACCAUAAGAGAAAAAAGGCCAAGAAGGAAGAGAACAUGCUGUACGUGAAUGACUACUCCGACGGGCCCACCACGUUUGCCCAGCUGGAAGAGUAUCGGGACGAGGGCGGCCACGAGAUGUUCGUCAUAGACAGGAACAAGGCUCACUUUCCGACGUACAAAGACGCAGAAGGCCUCAGUAGUUUCUCCGGCCUCUCGGACCUAACAGAGCAGCUUCAGGACCAGGGAACCCAGACGUUGCAGGACGAAGCAGGGAGGCAGCAGAUCAAUGACAUCUUUAUUAACCAGGGCUUUCUCUUCCAGCAGCAAAUUGCCUACGAAAUACACUGUUAAAGGACCAA